AGGGUGGAGGCGUGUUCUUUGUGUUGUGCAGCCCGAGUUAAUCUGCUGUGGCAUCUACGUAGAGAGGAGCCGUACAUCCGAAAACCAGCACUGCUGUGAGGUGCCCAGCACAGCCCUUGCUCAAGUGUGUCCUUAAACAAAAAACAAGGAUUCAUUUCAAAAGUUCUUCUCCUGAGCCUGUGUGGUUCAUCUUGGAAGACUCGAGGAGCUUUUUGCUUUGUGCUGUAGUAAGACUUUUAAAAGUGCAUGUUGGUGGGAAUUAGAAAGGAUGUUUUUCUCAGGUUGUUCUCAAAAUGUUGUUGCACUCUAGCAGGUGUAGCAUGUACAGAUGAAGAGGAGAGCAUCUUUUAGGCUAGAUUUACGUGCAUACCCAGAGGGCUGAAGGUUCUUCAGCUACAAGGAGCUGCAGACAACUACUGUCACGGCUACAUUCUCCCUGCCUCCUGCUUUUUGCACCUGAAACUUGGGAAUUCGAGUUUAUGUACCGGAGCUUGACUUUGAAAUGGCUUGAAACUUUCCUGUUGGACUGGAGUUGGAAUCUCAGGAUAUCAGUCCCAGGUGCUUUUGGGAAGACUACCUGAAAUGGAGCUAUCUGAAAUGGGUGGCAUUGUAGCCUGCAGGGACCUAGUUCCUCUAAUAUCCUGUUGGAAUAUCUGUACGCAAUGAUUAGCUCAAAAGAGGAGGAUUCACUAAGAUUUCUGCAGUAUGUUGAAGACUAUGGACUAAGAGCAUAUAACAGAUUGAUCUCACAGAACAUCGUGUGGAAUGAGAAAAACUGGAUUAAGUUUCAGGGGAAAAUCGACAAGAAACAAAAACAGGAAGAAGCCAUUAAAAGGGGGGAAGAGGUGAUCACCAAGGGUAAGCACCUGCGAAUGGGCUCCAUGAGCAUGCCGGCCCCUGUGGAACACAUGUCUCCUCACCAGCACCAGCCCCCCUGUAACCCAGGUUUCACUGUUCGCUCUCAGUCCCUGCACUCUGUGGAAGGAGGGGAAGAGGAGGGCAGCCCCACAUCCCGUAAGCAGCCCCCGCCCAAACCCCGGAGGGACCCCAGCACCAAGCUCAGCAUCUCCUCUGAAGCUGUGGACCUCAGUCCCACCGGGAGUAAAGGCAAUGACUCAGAGAGGUGUGACGGAACACAAGGCUGCAUUGAGGACUGCAGGAAAGUUCCCCCACCAAAGCCUAAGAGGAAUCCCAACACGCAACUAAGCACUUCCUUUGAUGAGUCUUACAUCCACAAUCAUGGUUCAAAAGGUUCUCCCACCAUGCUCUUCUCAAGUGAUGUCCAGGCUCCUUCUCCUGCUCAGCCACAGGGCCCACAGGAUUCAGACUUAGAUGAACCUGUCUACAUUGAGAUGUCGGGGAAUGUGGGACGAGAACUGAUGCUCCGGUCUGAGGAAGAUGAGCCGAGUGAGGCUGUCUAUGAAGAGAUGAAGUACCCAGGCCUUGACGAGUUUGACUUGCGUUGGGAUAUUUCUAGCUGUCGCUCACAGUGUGCCACACCCUGCACACCUGAGCUUGAUAUCCAUGCCCCCCUAAGCCGUUGUACCACCCCUCGGGGCACGCCAGUUUGUGACAUCCCUGCCCCAUUCCCCAACCUGUUGACCCAUAGGCCACCUUUACUGGUUUUCCCUCCAGUCCCAGCUCAGUGCUCGCCUAACUCGGACGAGUCCCCACUCACCCCUCUCGAUGUUGCAAAGCUUCCUAUGUUAGAGAACAGUUCUUAUGGCAAGUCACCAACCUCAUCUUCCCUGGAACCCUCUGGCUCUGCAUCUACGCCACACCUAAGACGUGCCGAGAGGGAGCUAACAGCCACUCCUACAAUAACAGUAUCUGGGCGAUCGUCGGCACCGCCACUGCCCUGUGCCCUCUAUAAAAGUUCUUCCUCUUCACACGGUUAUCAGCGCAGUCACUCAGCCUGCCCCUCACCUGUUAGUAUGGGCCGCUGCCUGACGCCCCUCAGCCUCAUCCGACCAGCUCCUUUUGAUGGACCAUUUGCUACAACAGGCUUUCCUCGCAGCGCCUCUGCCACACCACAUGGAAAGGGAUCACCACCGCAGGAUGCAGGCUCAGGGGGACGGCAUCAUGGCUCUAUGCAGAACGUCUCAGUGGCACGCUCACGGACGCCCACUAGCCCUCUGGAUGAGCUCACAAACCUCUUCACCACUGGCAGGAACAUGCUGAAAAAGAAUACCAGCGGCAGAAAGAGCAAGGAGCCGCGAGAAAUUGAAAUAAAAGGAAAAGGUCACAGUUCUGAGUACAAACGGGAGCACAAGGAGAGGAGCCAUCACAGCAAAGAAUCCAAGCGGGACAAAGACCGCAGCAGCAAUGGAAAGUCCUUGCAUCGGCGUGACAGCAAAGACAGAGAACCAAAUGGCACUGAAGCCUUAUUUCGACAUGACAGCAAAGACUGUGGAUACAAUAACAUUGAGCCAUUAACCAGAAGUGACAACAAGGACAGGGGAUAUAACUGCCCAGAGCUUUCCCGACAAGAGAGCAACGAUAGAGGCAGUAGCAGUGAGGCACUGCCUCAACGAGAUAGCAAAGACAGGGGCUGCAAUAUUGCAGAACCUUUUGCCAGACAUGACAGUAAAGACCGAGGUUGUGUUGGUCCAGAGCACUUGCCCAGACAAGACUGUAAAGAUCUGUUGAGAAAUGGUCCAGACAGCAGACGUAACAGCCGAGAGAAUGUUUGCUAUGGGAUAGACCUUCUUUCCAGACAUGAAAAUAAAGAUCCGGGUAGAACAGGUUUGGAACGUCAACGGGAUAAAGAUGGUGGCAAGCAUGUCAUAGAAUCUGGUAAGGACAAGGAGAAAAGCAACCACAGUGCAGAGAGCAGGAGGGGAAGCAAGGAAAGGAUCACCAAUGGCAAUGAUGUCAUGAGCAGAUGGGACUGCAAAGAUAGGGGAGUACACACAAAUGAGACUUUACCCCGGUAUGAUGAGAAAGACAAAAGCAAUUAUAGCACAGAAUCACCCAAAGCACAGGACAAAGAUGCAAGGCCUGGAUCUUCAGCCAUGGCAUCAUCCACGUGGUCUGGACGAUCCUCCAUGAUUCCAAAUAUAAUGUUGGGGAAUUCAAACUCUGGAAAUUUCCUUGCAGAACUGAAGACGCUUCCAAAGGUAGGACGGUCUUCUUCCACAACAGUAGCACCAUCUCCAAAAGGCACACCUCAGAGACAGCCAGCUGAUGUCCAACAGAUGCCCCCUAUGCCAUGGUUGUAUAGUGACAACACCAUGGUGGAGAUGAUCGAGAGGAAACAACGCCUCUGCCGGGAGAUACGGUCUCGAGAACGUCUUCCUGACCAUAGCCCAUGCAAGAAAGAAAGCCUGCCUACAAUGCCAAGCUGGAAAAAAACUAGCGGUGCAAAGAAGCACAGCCCACCCCCCUACCCUACUCAGACUACAGUCUUCUGGGACACGGCCAUUUGACUUUGUGGUCUUGUGAGCAUAUUAGGGUCAUGCUCUGUUGUUCAUUAUCAGGCAGGUUUAAACCCACCAAAAGGAUGAGUGGUGUUACCGUAGCAAUAUUUCAGAGGUUGCCGUUUAUGAGGUUUUCAUAUUAUUGUUGAUAUCUAAUAUUUUUAUACGCAGUGUGAUUCCUUAAUGACUUAGCAUCAAUAGAUAUUUUCUAAAUGAAAUACAUUAUCUUUGCAAAGAUUAUGUAGAGUGUUGCUACCAUUCUUUUCUUUUCUAGCUUUUUUUUUUUUUUUUUACUUCGCAAUAAACAAUCAGUACCUUUUCAUCAAGCUUUGACUUGCCUUUCUAUUUUAAGAACUCUGGAAAUGAAGUUUCUGUGGUAUUUUACCACAUUGAAUGAAGUCUAUUUUAACACUGGACAUUAUGGUGAUUGGAUUCGGGCUAGCUUCCUUCUCGCUGCCUUUCCACACAUUAUUAGAUCAUUUAUUUUAAUGUCUAAU